AUGCUCUGGUAUCUUUUUCUGGUUAAUUUUCUUGGAGUAUCUGCAGUGAGGCUGCGUGGAGGUUUACUGUCGCAGGCGACAUUAGCAAACUUAGCGCCAUGCGCGAAAAUAUCUCGACUGGCCAACUUAGGUAUUGCAUCUAAUAACUCCGCGACCAUUCCGGCAUCCUUAGCUCUUGACUGCCUUCGCUCAGUUCCGAAUCGGCCUCAACCAGCACAACAGCUCAUCCAGAGCCUCAAGGCCUUUGUGAACUGGCAGGCUACUCUUACCUGGCUCAAAGAUCCUCCAGCCUCUUACAUGCUUCCCCCAGUUGAUGUUCAAGGAAGUCUAGACAAUAUCUCUUCCACGGUUGCGGCAGGUGGUUUUACCAACGAAUAUGACUUCCAGCUUGCGAUAGUCAAAACAGUCACCGCAGCACAUGAUGGUCAUUUCUCAUACGUCCCGGACGUCUUUAAGGCAUUCUCAUUCCAGAAUGAUUUAGUUGCUGAUCUGGUCUCUGUUUCAUCCAAUGGCACCACUCUGCCUAAACUUUAUCACCUUUCCGCCUUUCAAUCAAAUAACGGGACUGCCCCAGUUGCGAUCUCCCAGAUAAAUGGUCAGAAUGCCACCAGUUUCUUGCUAGAUAUAGCCUCGCAAUUCAGUAAUGCCCAGGAUAUCGACGCACAGUGGAAUUCCCAGUUCAUAGGCUACACGAAUCUAGCCAGUUCAGCCAAUCCUUUGGCUGGAAGUGUGUUGUUCAUAGCUCCGAGCGUAACGCUCACUUACGAGGAUGGGAAAACUGAAACCCAAGAAACGAAGGCUCAACUGAACCCAAAUGUAGACUUCUCCAUGAUCACCUCAGGGGAUGCCUUCUACGACAAGUUCUGCAAUCCGGACACAGCUUCAAAUUCAACCGGAGUUCCAGCCGCUGUAUCCCCACGAUCAAAACCGAGCAUGUAUAAACGUGAUACUGCUAUGAUAGACGGCUACCCAGUUCCUUUCGUUGAAGAGAGCACCAUGGGUACCACUAAGGGGUUCUUCCUCAACGGAACGGGGUUCGACGACGUAGCUGUGUUGGCCCUCUCGGCAUUCGAGGACAACGACGAGAACACGUAUCUAACAAACUUCCAGAAUACGAUAGAGACAUUUUUGAGCCAGAGUCGCGAUUCUGGGAAGCAGCGGCUCGUCAUCGACCUCACAGAGAACGGUGGCGGCUUCAUCAUGGCUGGCUUCGAGCUCUUUGCCCAGCUCUUCCCCGGUGUAAAUCCGUUCAACGCUAAUAACAUGCGUCUCUCGGAGAGUCUCUCAAACAUUUCCCGUAUACUUGCCACGCUUCCCCAGCAAGACCAAGUAUCCGACGCACAAGCCUCGGCGUUAUUAAGCAACUUAUCGCCUACAGACCUGUUCAGACCUCAGGGGGACAAGUUUACCUCAGUCGAUGAACUCUUGACACCUGUAACCCUCCAAGGCGACAAUUUCACCGCAUACAUCGAGCAGCCCUUUGUCGCCGUCCCCAACUUCACCAUGACCGGCACCGGGGCCCGCGCAAACCCGCCACCAGCCCUCUUCAAACCCGAGAACAUCGUAUUACUCACCGACGGCAACUGCGGUUCAACAUGCACCAUAUUCUCAUAUCUCAUGAUCUUCCAAAAGGACAUCAAAACCGUGACAGCGGGCGGGCGUCCGCAAAGCGGAAUCAUGCAAUCGAUCGGCGGCACCGAAGGCUCGCAAGUCCUCGACUUCCCGUCGAUCUCGCAGACCGCCUCGCAAGCCAUCCUCGCGGUCGCGGGCUCCCCGCAGCAGCAACAGCAGCUGCUCCAGGGAAGCGAGCUGGGGUUGCUGGCUACGGGGUACGCGAUCCAGCGCGCGCUGACGCCGUCCGCGCCGGGCGGCGUCAACUUCAAGAACGCGUUCGCGCCGUCCGACGCGCAGACGCCGCUGCAGUUCCUGUACGAGCCGGCCAACUGCCGCUUCUUCUACACGGCGGACAUGGUCACGUCGGCGGAGGCGGCGUGGAAGUACGCCGUCGACGCGACGUGGACGGAUCCCGGCAGGUACUGCGUCGAGGGUAGCGUGGUCCCGGUGAAUACGUCGAAGGCGGUUGAUCCGGCGUUCGAGAAGCUGCCGGUUGCGGGGGCUGCUGGGAGUACCGGGACUAACGGGACUGGUGGGACGAAUGGCACUGAUGGGGCUAAUGGGGAUACUAGUGGAACGAGUGGAGAUGAUGGGGGUUCAGGGGGAGCAAAUGCGACGAGCGGCAAUGCUGAUGACAAAAAGAAUGCUGCUGAGGGCGUAUUCGGACAUUAUAGUCUGCAGACUGCUGGGCUGCUGGCGGCUCUGUCGAUCAUGAUGUUAUACCUUUAAGAGACUUAGUGGAUUGGUGUUUUUUUGGGAAAUUUAUCGCGACUAGAUAAGGGGGCGGCUAUCUUGACUUUGAGAAAUUGAGGUAAGGAGUAGGAGAGGAUGUCUAGGUAGAUACGUAUAUCGCCAUAUACCUAUAUAUAACCAUUG